CAUCUAACGUCUGGCAUUCCUGUUUUUUUUCGUGCGGGUAAAAUCACGGCUUUCUAUAGCGCGCAAGCCUUUAUCGUUUUGUUUUGUAGAAUUCGGUAAGUUAAGUGAAUAUCUUCGAUAAAUGGACUAUGCUACACGUAUACCGUAUGAAAUGUUAACUGAGAAGAAACGUUCACGCGUUAAGGAAGUGUGUGGGAAAAUGAGUUAACCGUGUGUUAACGCGCAGUGAUCAACUAUUCGUGGAAGUUUAGUAAGAGAAUAUAUACCCAUAUUCAAGAGUUGAUAACGUCGAGUAUUUAGAGACGUAUUUAAUGAAAAAUGAGUGCAUCGGCCUUAAAAUCAACGAUACCUGGAGUAGGUACUUCUCCAACAUCUACCAGCCAUUCAAUUCUACCUAUGAAUGCGAUGGCACAAAAGGUUGUAUCGGGAUCAGAACCAGGGUCUAUGAAGCCUUUAUCAGGAACUGGAUUAAGCUAUGUUACAUUGCAACCACCCAGUCAGCCUUUAAGCUUAGUGCAAGAUCAUAGACCUUCCGUGUAUCAAACACCCCCGUACAUAAGCAGUAAUUCUGAAAAGGAUUCUGAAAUGGAGAAAUUAAUUCCAAAUGGGGUUGAGAUUAUAAAAACAGAAACAGAGCAAAAUAUAUCUGCUACUAUAAAACAAAGCGAAGCCAACAGAAACAAUAAUUUAAGUCCAGAUAAUCCUACGCAAGAGCCACAAAAAGAAGUUCAAUCAGAGCAAGAGACAACACCUGCUAACUUAGAUUUCCCUGCAUUAUGUCCACAAGUGCAAAAUAAAGUUGAAGAAAAGAAGACCCCUGUAAAUAAUGGUUCAAAAGAAUCUGAGGCAGUUCCAAACAAUACAACUUUGCAAACAAAAUCAUCUACACAUAAACCAGAAGACACACCAGUAAAAACUGAUAGUCAAAAGCCAAAAGCCACAUCUCAAAGCAUAAAACAUGUACCAGAUAGUUCUGUGACACCGCAAUCAAACAAUCCACCAAAGGUUGAAACAAAAAGCACUGGUUCACCAAAAGCAAAUAAAAGAAAAUCUAGAGAAUUAAAGGAUUUAAAAGGAACACCAACAGUUUCGGAUGGAGCAAGUAAACCAAAAAGAAAUCGAAUUCAAACGCAACCUUAUCAAAGUCCAUUGCCAGAAAUUGCAUUGCUUGUCAAAAAUUUAAACAAACCUCCACCGUCGAAAGCUUCCGACGACAAACUUAUAGUGUUCUAUAAAAAUGAAUUUUUGGCUGUGAGAAAUGCAGAAGGAAGCUUCUAUGUAUGUCAAGCAAUGCAAAAUAUAUACAAAUCGAGCAGACGAAUUCGUAUACGUUGGCUUUCUCAAGACAAAAACAAUGGAGAAAUAUAUUCACCAGAUUUUUAUGAUUUCAUAGAUUUCGAUUGUAUAUUAACAAAUCUAAAUUUGAACAAAAUUGAUAAAAACAAAUUCCAGUUAACCAAAAUAGAGCUUUUACGCACUGAGAAUAUUUUAAAGAGAGCGAUUGAUGUUGAAGCUGGCGUGUCUGAAAAACCUCGAGUGACAGAGGAACAUCCCGAUGGCCUUGACCUUUCACUUUACAAGGAUGAAUCACAGUUAAAAAAGAGAAAAAAUUAUAAUUUGCACAAACAAAAGCAAAGUUUACGUAAGAAGUCGAAACAAAUUGAAAGUUCUUCCGAAGAUGAUACCCUUGACGAAGAAUCAGGGAAAAAAUCACCCAAGUCGAGUCGUUCAAAGAAACGAACGGUUAAUAAAGCAUUAGCAAUAGCUAAAUCCGUAGCAAAGGGAUCUAGUAGAGCGGAAAGAGCAUUAAACAGAAACACAAAGUCUGAAAGUGAAGGUGCUACUACUGAUGCUACUAAUACCACUACAACUACUGUUACUACUGUUGCUAAUACCGUUGCAUCGGUAGAUUCAAAUGCAACUAAAAAUAAUACCGAUGUUAAAAAAAGUGAAAAUAAAAAGAGCACGAAGCAGCAAAGUAACAACACCACGAGUGGAGUUUCAAGGACAAAGUUACGGGCACCUGCGCAGAACACAUCACAGAGUAAUAAAGCAGCAGGACGUCCAAAACGUACGCCAGCAGCUUCCGGAGUUCAAGCGACCGAGGAAACAACUCCCCGAAAAAAGCCACGUGGACGAGCAUAAGAUUAACGUAAUUUGAGUAUAUUUCCUGUACUAUGUUUAGGACAGAAUCUGCAUCGUAGGCAAUAUGUACACGUAGAACACUCUUUAAAAAUCGCGAUCAAUUUUUAAUGUAAUAUAUAUGAUCUCAAGAUUAUUAUAUCUAUCAGAUGCUGCAUUAUAUUAUAGUCCAACAAUGUGGGAUCAACAAUUUAUAUAACUGUGCGGUAAAUCGCAUUUAAAAAAGAUAAAAAGACUCAGAGACUUAUAAGAGUGAUAUUGUGAUAUCAUUAAAAAUUUGUACAUAUCGUCUACGUUUCAGAUUCCAACAGGAGAAGAAAGUCACGGAAUGUAUGGAGAACGGUACCUUGGUUGAGUAAUAUCUACAGGGUGUCACACGCUAAUGCACUCUUGCAAUAGUCUAUUUUUGAUGUUGUGAGUGAACUGUACGUGAUUCAGUUGCGUUUAAUUGUACACUUUCCAUUGGAUAUGAUAGCUAUGUACAAAUAUAUAUGUCUGGGGCUUAUGUGUACUCUAUGAAAAAAAAAAAAAAGAAAAUGGAAAACAGAGAGAGAGAGAGAGAGAGAGAAAAAAUAGAGUACGAAAGGGUGAGAACAAUCCGUGAAUUAUCGAUCUCCGAGUUAUGGAUCGGUAGAUUUAGAAGUACAAUAUCUGUACAUUACGCUGAAUCCUUGCUGUUUAUAAAAUAGCAUACAAAUGGUCCAGCGGCUAUAUUAAUAACAGGCGGAGAAAAAAAGUGCCCUCAACUGUAAAUCCUUGUCCUGUUAUCGAAUCUAUGGAUUCAUAAAAAAAAAAAUAAGAAACCCUAUGGCUGGAGAUAUAACAUUUUUUCAAUGUAGUUUAUUUUCGAAUCAUGUCGAUGAAUUACUAAUAUAAUUCAUUGUUAUAAAAUUGAUCAUAUUAAUUAUGGUGAUGUUAAACUAUAAUUUAGCCACUCAAAACAUAUUAUAUUCCUCUUUCUUUUGAGAAGCAAAAAAAAAAAUUAGCACUUAUUUACUCUGAUAAGUCUGGAUUAAUAUGUAUAAACUUGCUUUAUCUAUGUAUUAUUUUAUUUUUUCAAAGAUUAUGGACAAAGUGUAUAUUUACUAAGAGAUAGAUGAUUAUUGAUUUACACUUCACCAAAUCUGAAUUCGUAUAUUUUAAUAUAGUUUAUAGUUUAUAUUUUAUGUCGAAUUGUAUUAUUGGGAAUAUAAAUUUGUGUCUAUGUUAAAAAAGGGAAUUUAUAAGAAUCAUGUUAAUAAGAUGUAUAUUGAAUGAUGAAGGUAUCGAGACAUGAAGUUGAUUUUGCUACAUUAACGAUGAUACACUGAUAUACCUUACAAAUUUUAUUUUACGUAAAGGGACCCUUAUGUUUUUUAGGAAAACCAAGGAUAAAUUGUUUUUAAAAGGAUUGCACGAUCUUUUUUCCGUUUCCUUUAAAGAGAAAUUCGGUCUUCAGAAAUGUGUGCAUUUAGUUUAAGCAUCGGCCGUUGAAUAUUGCACAAAAUGCGAAAUGAGAAAGUUGUUUUCUCACUUACAUGAUUUUAUCCAUGUAUGUACAUAUAAAGAUUAUUAGGUAAUCAAAAUUGUGAAAAUGAAUACAAAACUAUAUGAGCGUUUGGAAUUUGAGGGCUAAUGUAUCUUAUUCAUUUGUGAGUGUGUGUCUUUUACAUUAAUUCUGUUGCAAUAUAAUCAAUUGCAAAACUUGUUUCCGCGGUCACUGAACACAUGUGUACGUUGUACAUAUAUUUCAUAAGCUUACAAACGUAAAGUGAAAACAAUUCAGCAAUGCCAUUUAAAUGAUUAGACACGUUGUCUUCUAAAUAGGAUACAAGGAUCAUUAUAAAUAACUGGUUAAGGUGAAUGUAAUUCUCGAGAUGGGAAAUGAAUAAGAUACCAAUCCUGUCAUUGGUCCAUUGCAUAUUGUAUUUAAAAUAUACACAUACAUAAUGUAUAAAUUUAAAAUAUACGCAAACAUAAUGUAUAAAUUUAGUGAAGGAUGAAAGAAUGAAAAAAAAAAAGAAGUUAUAA